UUACAAUGCAUAAUUGUUCAAUUUUAAAGAAAAAGACGUUACUUGUGUGAACAUGAAAUUAAAGUUCACAUUUAAAUCUAGCAUAUGCAUUUGAAUUUUUUUUCUUCAACAAAAUGGAUAGAUUGGGUUGAAUAGUAUUAUAUAUAGGGAAGUAAUUUGAAAGGAUUCGUGAGUGGAUUCUUUGAGUGAUAUGGUAUGAAAAGACGUGGUUUGGUGAAGCAGUUACUGCUGUUUUGUCUUGUUGGAUUCGUUGUUACGUCAGUUUAUAACUCAAUAGUGUCUCAAGUGAACGAAUUAAACGUUGAAGUGACGACAAAAUUAAAGACUAAACGGAUAUUGAAUUUUAUACCAAGUAUUCGAACAUCACCAAAAAGCAAGUUUAAAAUUAAUUGUCGAAAAAUUAUUGAAAGGGAUAAAGAUGAAAUUGACAGAGCGACUGCUUUGAUGCGAGUAAGUCCACCUCCCCGUUUACAAAAUGGAGAUUAUAUUAACGCCACUCAAGACUGUGUUCAUUUCCGGAAGUCGUUUCGAUAUGACAAUUAUCCGGUGACCAAUGAUGAACGAGAAUUUCCAAUAGCUUUUAGUAUCAUCACAUAUCAAGAUAUCGACCAAACAGAACGUCUACUCCGUGCAAUAUAUCGCCCACAAAACUUAUACUGUAUCCAUGCGGAUGCAAGUUCUGCCGAUUCGCUCCACCGAGCACUGGCGGGAAUUGCCGACUGCUUCGGUAACGUGUUCAUAGUUUCUAAAAAGGAAGAUAUUAUUUAUAACCACAUGUCUCGUUUAAAAGCAGAUUUAAAUUGCAUGUCUGAUAUUCUUUCAAUGCCACAAAAAUGGAAAUAUUUUAUUAAUCUACCACAUCAACAAUUUCCAUUAAAAACGAAUUUGGAACUGGUAAAAAUACUUAAAACUUACAAUGGUGCUAAUGAUAUUGAAGGAAUUAUAACUCAUGGGAGAAUGAUGUCAAGCAGAUUCGAAUUUAGUCACAAAUACAUAAACGGUUCUUGGAAGCGGAUUGGUAAAAGAACUAGCAAACUGCCACUCAACGCAAGCAUCGUGAAGGGCAGUGCUUAUGGUGUAUUUAGCCGAGAAUUUGUUCAAUAUACAAUCACAGAUAAAAGAGCGAAGGAUGUUUUAAAAUUUAUGGAAGAUGUAAAAAGUCCAGACGAAUAUUACUGGGCUACUUUGAACCAUAAUGAAGUUUUGAAAGCUCCUGGUCGAUACUCAGGUAAUCCAGAAAAGAAACCUUGGCUAGCUGUUUAUGCUUCGUGGGGAGGCCGUGAUAAGUGUCAUGGCAAAUAUGUUCGUGGUGUGUGCAUAUUUGGUGUUGGCGAUCUCAACGAACUUGUCUCUAAAAAGGAACUUUUUGCGAACAAAUUUUAUCCAGAUUUUCAGUAUUUAGCUUUAGAUUGUCUUGAAGAAUAUAUAUACAACAAAACCUUUAGUCAUUUACCUUUUGAAACAUUUUACUAUAAACAGUUACCAUUUAUACGCAAGCAAUAAGAGUUUUACUUGUUGCAAUCUCAAUGUGGGUUUCAAAUGUUUUUAAAAUGUACACUGUUUUGUUAUUAAUUAAGUCUUUUUUAUUUGAAUAAAAACAGAUUUAUCAGGGA